CCUACUUGCUUUUCUAUGUUGAACGUCAAUCGUUACAAGUCAAUCAGUAUACGAUGGAGAAUGCAGUUCGUCCGGCAGCUGUUACGCCGUCGUUCUCAGCUCAAAAAAAUUCCCAUUGUGGGGAUAAAAUGGAUGAAUCCAAGAGCUUGCAUGAAUGAGGCAUAUAAUCCUACUACUAUAGAACACAUUGCAAAUGUGGCAACUCAUGGAAUAUGGGUUGUGCCAUCAGUGAUUGGCGGUAUCGAGCUUAUACGGCGUUCAACAACAUGGACUCAGUUCGUUUCCGCUUGCGUGUAUGGCAUUUCCUUGAUUCUUGUUUUUACAGUAUCAACUUUUUUUCACAGUGUACAUUACUGCAAUCAUAACAGACAACUAAAGGACGCACUGCAUCGCUGUGAUCGUGCUAUGAUAUACAUCUUCAUAGCAGCUAGUUACUUUCCAUGGUUAAAUAUAGAUAAAUUCUCAGAUGAUGAACUCUUAUUUGAGAUGCGUUAUGUUGUCUGGAUCAUGGCGAUAAUGGGUAUUCUUUAUCAACAGAUCUUCCAUGAAAAAUACAAAAUGCUUGAAACUAUUUUCUAUAUAGUUAUGGGUGUUGGACCUAGCGUUGCAAUUCUUAACGUUUAUGACUACUAUCAUAUUACGGAAUUAAAAGUGGGCGGACUGAUAUAUGUUCUUGGUUUGAUAUUUUUCAAAUCCGACGGCCGCAUACCCUGCGCUCAUGCAAUCUGGCAUCUUUUUGUAGCCGCAGCGGCUGGAUUUCACUACUACGCAAUUCUAAACCAUGUUUUUCCUGAAACAGACCCGAACGUUCGUGGAUCAUCUGACAGCAUGCCACCGCUGUCUGACAUACUGAAUUCUCAUAUAGAGUUGUAAGAAUUAUAUAUAUACCAUUUUCUACACGACACUUCUUCCAAACGCUAGAAAUUUUGAAACAGCAGCAGCUCUAGAAGUUCUAUAUAUAUUCUCUGAUAUAGAAAAAUGUUUUUAAUUUCUACGUGGUAAAAGAGUUUUUGAUAAUGACAAUUGAUUUUUUAAUUGUGAUUUGUAUGUCUGUUCUCUAGACAGCCAAUUUUUCAUAAUUAGAGUGUUAGUAUAAAACACAAGUCUCUUACUACGUGUAAAUAAAAAUGAAGACACUGUUAAAAAAUGAAGUACCUGACGGUCACAUGAAACUUGAUUCAUGUGUAUGGGAUGUGUAAUAGAUCAAAAAAAGAAAUAUUGUAUUAGCAGAAGUAUGUAGUAUAACAGUUACUGCUAAUCACAUUGUAAGUUCGAAUACAUGUACAAUGAAUAUUACAUCUUUUAUAUGAUUCAGCAUAUUAAUCUCGGGAUUAGUCGCGUAAAUAAUGCCAAAUUAUUGUAAGAAAAAAAAAAGGUUCGUCAAAACUAACUACUUAACAUUAGUUAAAAAGUAAACUAGAAAAAACUUAUUUUGUUUUACAUUGUAUAAGUUUUAUAAAAAUCUUUACAAUAAUUAUAUAAUAAUUUGUACACAGUAAAUAUUAGUUGAAUAGUGAAUGAAAACCAAAUUGACUGAAUACAUAAAUUAUUGCUUUUCAAUCAGAAGUGUCAAUCAAAUGUUCUGUUUGCAGAUUGUGCCAAAAUUAUAUUUACAUUUCUAAUUGACUAACAUGUAGCAUUUCCAACAUAUUAGAUGUAAUACAAGUACAUAAGUAUAUAUUAUGUAUAUACACAUACAUACAUAAAUAUAUAAAUGCAUAUAUAAAUCAUAUAUAAAUGCAUAUAUAUUUAUAUAUGAUGCUCUUCUAUACGGAAUCAGCAUUAUAUUUAAAUUAUAAUACAACUUUUACAACUGUUUUGAUGUAUAGAUUGCUACAUAUAAAAUGAUAAAAUUAUAUACACACAUAUAUAUUAUAUAUAUAUUUAUAUACAUUCAGUUUUAGUGUUUCAAUCGUUUCAUCGGAAACAGCAUAUAUAUUAAACAAUGGCCUUAUAUUUAUAUUAUUAUUAGACAUACUCUUCCAAAAUAUAUUACAUGACGUUUUUAUGUGAUCUUUUGUUGUUCAGUUUAAACAAUUGCGUAAAUCAAAUUGCAUAUAAUUAUAUUUUUUGGUAAUUAUAUAAAAUGUUAUUAUUUUUAUAAAGUAUAUGUGUGCAUAUGCGUGUAUACUACGUAUACAAACGUAUGUACACAUAUAUUUUUCUAUUAAUAAUUUACUUAUAUGAUACAUAUUUUGUCUUUCUUAUAUAGUAUACGAGUUAAUGUAAUUUAUGUAAUAUCUAUAUUUAUUUUUACAUACCACUUGUAUAGCAAAAUUAAAGAGAUGUAACAUGUGGUUUUAUACGUGUGCAUUGCGUGUGUGCGCGCGCGACUGUGUGUACACUAUACAGUACAGUAUCGACAUUGAAUAAAAUAUUAGUGAGAAUGUCUUAUUAAUGUAAGAAGGACGUGCGAUAUUAUACAUGUAUGACACCGCGAGAAACAAAGUACAAAAAGAUCAUCAACUAUGAGUUUGUUCACUAUUUUUUGUCUUUGUGAUUUGCAGUGGACCAAAAUGUAUUGCAAUGUAACGUAUAGCAUCUUUAGUACGCUUUCUCGUGUGUACGACUAUGUAAUAUUUAAUAAAGGGAAGAGAUAGGAGAACAAUAAAAAAUUAUAUAUUGA